AUGGGAGUACAGCCCCAAUUUAGCCAGUCAUACGUUCAUGAUAAAGCGACGAAACCUCGCACGGGUUCACCUUUUGGCAAACACCACAGUCUGCGUUGGCACCGUCACUUUAAUGCGCCCACAGAUGAGCUGCCAAAGGAGGCCCAGCAAUUAAAAGAAAAGAUAAUACGCACACACAAUGCUAAACUUAAGCGUUUUAGCAUGAGCUACAUGAAGAAGCGAGUCAUUCCUCCGGUUAAAAUUCCCAAGGAUAUCAACAGUCAACGCGCAUUGUCCACGACCGUGUCCGGCCGCAAUGUACCGCUCACGCGCUCUAUGUGGGAUAACACAAAGCGCAAGAUACAUCACAUGGAGCAGAUAUCUGAAGAUUAUCCACUUCGCUGCACACUGUAUCGAUAA